GUACGCGGAAGGGGGUCUCACCCAGCGGCGGGCGGCUCCCGCUCUCCCCGUCCUCCAUCGCCUUUCGCCCCCCCGCCGGCAGGCGGCGCCCCUCCGUCCGGCUUCCCGCCGGGGUCGCGACGGGGCGUGCGCGCUCAAAGGCUGCCCGGCUCGGACGCCCGCACUUCCUGGUGGGAGCGGGCCUAACGGCGGGGUCCCCCUCGGGUCCCAGGGCCCGCGCUUGCUGCCCCCGCCCCUCCUCCUGGGAGCGCUCGGGGCGGAGCCGGCCGGGCGCGCUGGGCUCCCGCCCCUCUACCGGCGGUCACCUGGGGCCGGGCGCAGCAGGUGUCUGGUCUGGCGUCCCGAGCCGGCGACGCGGAGCGCGAGCCCGGAGCCUCGACGCGCCGGGUGGCCCCGGGAGGUGUCGGCAGGGCCCAACCCCGGAAUUCCAGAGGCGACCGCAAGGACCCAGCCGGCGGAGAAACGUCCAGCUGGGAGGAAACGUGCUCGCUUCGCCCCACCUUGUGCAAAUGACUCGGUUGUGAGUUGAGCCAUAAUGUAACUUAGUGAAGACAAUGGGCUUUGAACUCAGACCUGAGCUUGAACUUCAGCUCCAGCAGUUAUCAGUCAUCCACCCUUGGGAGAUGCGCUUUGUUACCCUGCUCCUGUUUCCACAUGGGGAGAAAUCGCUACCUUUUGGGAUUGGUGUAAGGGUUACUAGAGCUUAGUCACAUGGCAUUCUGGAAUGCCAGGUACCAAAAGUAAGAUCACUGAAGGCAGUACAACUGAGAUGAUCCGUCAAGACAGACCUGCUGCAGAAAGCAGAGGAUGGAAACUACAGUAAAGCAGUGUUUUAUCCCAUGUACUUCUGCAGACCUUCUGCAAUUCAGCUAAAACCAUGACUGCCCUUUCUUCAGAGAACUGCUCUCUUCAGUACCAGUUACAUCAAGCAAAUCAGCCUCUAGAUGGUAACUGUCUGCUAUUCUUGAUUAUACUUGGGAAAAUAUUACUGAAUAUCCUCACACUAGGAAUGAGAAGAAAAAUCAUCUACCAGAAUUUUAUGGAAUAUUUUUGCAUUUCACUAGCAUUCAUUGAUCUUCUACUUUUAGUAAACAUUUCCAUUAUAUUCUAUUUCAGGGAUUUUGUGCUUUUAGGUAUUAGGUUUACUAAAUACCACAUCUGCCUAUUUACUCAAAUUAUUUCUUUCACUUACGGCUUUCUGCAUUAUCCAGUUUUCCUGACAGCUUGUAUAGAUUAUUACCUGAAUUUCUCUAAAACCACAAAGCUUGCAUUUAAGUGUCAAAAAUUAUUUUAUUUCUUUAUAGUAAUUUUAAUUUGGAUUUCAGUCCUUGCUUACGUUUUAGGAGAUCCAGCUGUCUACCACAGCCUGAAGGCACAGAGUAUUUAUUCUUAUCAGUGUCCUUUCUACAGUAGCACUCAGAGUUACUGGCUGUCAUUUGCCAUGGUGGGGAUUUUAUUUAUGGCUUUUCUAACCUCUUGGUCAGAAGUUACUGCUUUGGUACAGGCUGUUAGGAUGACUUCCUAUAUGAAUGAGACUAUCCUAUAUUUUCCCUUUUCAUCCCAUUGUAGUUACACUUUGAGCUCUAAAAAAACGCUCCUGCCCAAGUUCAUUAUCUGUUUUCUCGGUACCUGGUUACCAUUUGUACUGCUUCAAGUAAUUAUCCUUUUACUUAAAGUACAGAUUCCAGCAUAUAUUGAGAUGAACAUUCCGUGGUUGUACUUCGUCAAUAGCUUUCUCAUUGCUACAGUUUAUUGGUUUAAUUGUCACAAGCUUAAUUCAAGAGACAUUGCAUUACCUGUGGAUCCAUUCGUCAGCUGGAAAUGCUGCUUCAUUCCACUUACAAUUCAUAAUCUUGAGCAAAUUGAAAAGCCUAUAUCAAUAAUAAUUUGUUAAUGUUGCCAUGUUAAAACUCGUUAAAACUGACAACUACAGUAAGAAUCAUAAUUUUACAAACGGGAAAGGAAUUACAAAGAUUGAACUGAACUGAAGCUCCCUUCCCCGGCCCCAACUUUCAUACCUUUUCAGAAUGUGUCUUUUGGGGCUAGGUAUUAAAAACAAAAUAAUUCCAAGACAGUUUUUUAUACCUGUUCAGAACACUGCGUGUUACCAAUAUUAAUUUAACACAAAGUGAAACCAGUUAAUAUUUGGCCAUACUGAUUUCAUGUUACCCAAAAAACUAAUGGAUGCAAGCUGUUAUGUAAAUCUGAGGUUCUCCUGACAAUAACAUACAAAUGUAAAUAAACAUUUUUAUGGGGCACCUGGGUGGCACAGCGGUUAAGCCUCUGCCUUCGGCUCAGGGCGUGACCCCGGCGUUGUGGGAUCGAGCUCCACAUCAGGCUUUUCUGCAAUGAGCC